CUUCUUCUUUCUUCUUUCUUCUUUCUUCUUCUUCUUUCUGCAACUUCUUCUUCUUCCUUCUUCUUCUUCUUCCUUUCUUCUUUCUUCUCUCUUCCCUCAGAUCACUCUUUCACUCUCUAAAUUCUUUGUCUAAUCCUUCUCCGUCUACGCUCCCACGCACCCCAAAUUUGCGCAUUCCUCUGGUUUUAUCGCCAUGGUUUCUUCUUCUUCACUUUCGCCAGCUGCAGCUACAAGCAUGAGCUCUUCUGUUUCUCUUGACAGGCCUAGCAGAAAACCCAACAUCUCUUCCUCUCUUCAGACUCCUUCCAUUAUCCAUUUUCCUAAACACUCCUCCACAGCCACUUCUUAUCCUCCCUCUCCUUCUAUUUCUACAACAAUUCCAAAGAAAAUUGCCACUACUGUUCCUUCUGUUGAUAAAUCAUUAGCCCCAAUGCAAAACCAAUGGAAUUUUUUGCAAAAAGCUGCAGCUAUGGCCUUGGAUGCUGUGGAAAGUGCUUUAGUUUCACAUGAACGUCGAUUCCCUCUUCCCAAAAUUGCUGACCCAGCAGUCCAAAUCGCCGGCAACUUCGCUCCCGUGUCGGAGCGACCCGUUGUACGUAAUUUGCCCGUUACUGGUACAAUCCCAGAUACUAUUCGAGGUGUUUAUGUUAGAAACGGCGCAAACCCACUUCACGAACCGGUAGCUGGUCACCAUUUCUUUGAUGGUGAUGGGAUGGUCCAUGCUGUUCGGUUUGAGAAAGGUUCCGUCAGCUAUGCUUGCCGGUUCACGGAGACAAACAGGCUGGUUCAAGAGCGAGAAUUGGGACACUCAGUUUUCCCAAAGGCCAUCGGUGAACUCCAUGGACACUCUGGGAUAGCUAGGCUGUUGCUUUUUUGUGCUCGUGGGCUUUUUGGUAUCGUUGAUUCUAGCCAUGGGACUGGUGUUGCUAACGCUGGAUUGGUUUACUUUGAUGGUCGUCUUCUCGCCAUGUCUGAAGAUGAUCUGCCUUACCAUGUUCGUGUUCUUCCCUCUGGAGACCUCAAAACUGUUGGACGAUACAAUUUCAAUGGCCAACUCAAGAGUUCAAUGAUUGCUCAUCCAAAAGUCGACCCAUGUUCUGGGGAAUUGUUUGCUCUAAGUUUCUUCCGAGCGACCCAAGUUCAAAUUCAGGCAAAGAAGAUUCACAUGGGAUUUCACAUGGAGAGAAGGGCAUUUUUGGAAAAAAUUAUCAUAUCUCACCUUUGACUCUUUGACCAAACGGUUUAAAUGGACGGAAGGACUACGAAUUUGGACGG